ACCGUGACUCAAGUACCGAGUCCGUUUGUACAUUUAUGUUUUGACUUGUGAGUAAUGCUUUUUUUGAUGACGCUUUAACUCAGUAAUGUUUGCUAUUUCCUCAUCUCCAAGCUGAUGUGGGGAAGGUCACAGUUGCAGUUAUUUAUUGACUGCUGACCACAACCAGACUCACAGCAUUAGAUGUACCUAAUCCAUAUAUAUUAUUUUAAUCAGAAUGCUGCUGGGAAUGUUCAAGAAGUAUAUCGGAUGGAUUUUCAUGAUUUGGCUUUCUGGAGCCCAUCGAUGUAAUUCAGAGAGUCCUUUUUGUCGUGCGCCCAUCGUAAAUGGAGGUUAUGUUUUUCCUCAGCAAGAUACAUAUUCACAUGGAACUGUGUUGACCUACGCGUGUGAAAAUGGAUUCAAGCCAGCAGUGGAGGGCUGGUGGGCAACGACGACUUGCCACAAUGGCAAAUGGUCCACUCAACCGCAAUGUAUCGAUGUCAACAAUUGCAUUCCUCCAACUAUUCCCCAUGCAAAAUACACGUCAAGCCAGACGGGUUGGUAUGAGGACGGCUACGUCAUAAGGAUAACAUGUGACCCCGGGUAUUCAUUCAAAGAUUAUGACGCUACAACUCAGUGCGUCAAUGGCAAAUGGCUCUCUGUACCGAUCUGCCAGCGAAGCACCCAGGCAUGUGAUGACCCCCCUAAAAUAACCCACGGCGUAAUCAUCAAUCAGGGCCCUCGCCAGGACGUGUAUGCUUCCGAUACUGAAAUACCGUACGAAUGCGAAGAUGGCUAUGAUGUCGAAGGAAAACAUAAAAAGUCCAUUUAUUGCAUCGGUGGAGCGUGGUCGGCCGCCCCGCCCUGCGUCAAACAAAUAAAGCCAACUCCUGGCAGUUCGACGUCUACUGGCGGUGAGACGGGGCCUGCAGGUGGAGGAUCUUCAACCCACACCGGCUCUACGGAUCCACAAGUGACCACAAUUGACCAGUGCGGAACGAUUCCCAUUGUCGCCGAUGGUGAGGUUGUGGAACGGGAUCCCAUGUUUUUGAAAUAUCAGUGCGGCAGUUUCUACAAACAAGUGGGUCCGGAGAAAGUGUUGUGCUACACUAACGGCCAGUGGUCCACGCCGCCCACCUGCAAAGCUUCCUACUGUUCCGUGGACACCGAUCACUACCCGCAGUUGAAAUACGACGGAGUGAAAUACAUCAAUGAUGGGGAGAGGGUGAGACUGGAAUGCGUCAAACUGGACCACUGGCUGACGAGUCAUUAUUCGGUGGGGCGGUGCAACAAUGGAAGAAUACAGUUGGGCAAAUGUGAGUAUGAUUUGGAAGUCAAAUUGCUGUAA